AUGGCGUUCUUGUUGGGCUUGGCCAGCCUCCUCGUGGUGCCGCUGAGCUCAGCGCGCUGUGCGGACCCCCUCCCGGCUGAGGAAAACGAAUCUCCGGUUAUAAACCUGAAGCUAGAUCCCUGGAAAAAACUGUUAACCUGGAGUUACCAGACAAACGUCACGGAGCAGGAAUGCCAAAUCGACACCCCGCCCAGCUCCUCCACCAGGCAGAUCCCUGAGAGUCCCCGCGGGUCCCGCCACGCCCCCGGGGUGGCGGGGGGUCCCGGGCCGGAACCAGGUCCGCGGGAGCGCACGGCGCGCGGACGGCACCCCUGCCCCUCACCCUGCCUCUCGCAGCCCGGAGACCAGGACGAGUACUCCUGCCACUUUCCCAACGCGGUGCUGCACCGGGGCGCCAACCUGACCGUGCACGGGACCGCGGACGGCGCCGCCUUCCGCUGCGCGCUGCACUUCCACAACGCAGGCCGGGAAGGGUCCGGGGCGGUGAACUUCUCCUGCGUCAUCUACAACGUGCAGCUCCUCAACUGCAGCUGGGCGCCCGGCCCCGCCGCGCCCGCCGAUGUCCAGUACCAGCUGCACUGCUGGGCGUGCCGGGGCGAGGAAGAAAUCGAGUGCCCCCACUACAUGCUGGACGGCGCGGGGACGCGCGUGGGCUGCCAUUUCGGCGCCCUCCCAGAGCCGCAGCUGACCGACAAGUACAUUUUCCUGCUGAACGGGACCAGCCCGGAGGCGGGGGUGCGGUUCGUGGAUUUCCCGCCGUUCAGAGCCAUUCAAAUGGAGAAGCUGAACCCCCCCGCCAACCUGACCGUGGACUACAACGGGUCCCACCACAUCGUCCAGUGGGACAACCCCGAGAUGCGGUUUGACCUCCCCAGGAGCAGCCUGUGCUAUGAAGUGGACGUCCAAGUGGCGGGCACCUCGUCCCAGGAAGACCCCGUAAGUAUCUGUUUUCUUCUGUGUGACGUCCACGCCGUGGCCAUCAGCCCUCACAGCCCAGCCCUCCCUACUCGGGUCCCUCGGCCCGGCUGCGGGGGUCCAGCCAGCCCCUCCGGGCUCACGGGAGUUCGGGUUUGGAGGGAGAAGCUGUGUUCUUCACGCUGCUGGCUCACGCGGCCCCCCCAGAAUUUCCGGUUUGAGUUGCGGUGCACCCCAAAUGCACGCCCGCCUGGCUCCUCAGGGUGGGACCUGAUCUGGACAUAG